UUAGGCUAUUUCACAAGUAAAUGUUCAUGUUGGUGAUGAAAAAUGUAGUACAAGCAGCAAACACAUUUGUCUUUGUGUGCUUCCCCAGUCCCUGGUCCUUUAAGGGCACUAAGAGCUCCAGUUCAGCAGAGUCAAAUUCAGCCCCUUAGCUCAGACCUGAGCUUCCUGCUGCAGCCAUCCUCCAAUGACAAUCCCUCAGCUGCCUUCACACUCUUGGGCUCAUCAGAGGAGGAUCUAUCCAGUGCCUGUGCUAGACUGCAACGGUUCUACACCUCACGUUGCUGCCAGCACACCCUGGCCCCAGAGGAACUGGUUGGGCUCUCCUACGCAGAGAUGCAGGAGUUGGCAAGCAGGAUGGGCAGUCUUGGGGUGCAGCUGGAGGCAACAGGGCCUGGUGGAGGGUCAGGGGUGGUGGUGAAGGGGCUUACUGAUGGGGUAAAGGAGGUGAUGCAUGUCAUGCAGGGGUCACUGCGCCGGCAGGUAUCUGAGAAGGAGCAGAGGGAGCUGUUCGCCCAUGUGGUGUGGUGCAUUAUGGGGCAGCGGGGAGAUUGGGAGAGGUUCCCCAAAGAGGCCAAUCAGAAGCUGGAGACAGAUAAAAUAAGUGGAGGGGUGAGAGAUGCUCAUGGCUGCCAGUGGAAUGUAAAUCUCAUGCAGAUGCAAGCAACUGCUGUGGGAUCAGGUCGCGUAACACUCCUUAAGAGGCUGGAGAAUCUCCCCGAUUUUAGAGUCCCUCUUUACUGGGACUGCCUUGACGCAAGUAAGACCCUGCAGGUGAUCCCAUUGGAAAUAUCCUCUGCUGAGUAUGACGGCGUGAAGCGGGACUUCAAGAAGAGCGCAAACAAAACUGUACUCAAGAUUGAGCGAGUGCAGAACGUGCGCUUGCGUCAGGCGUAUGCGGUCCAGCGGCAGCAGCUGGAGGAUAAGAACGGGCCGCUGGUCGGGGCCAGGGAGAAGAUGCUCUACCACGGCACCACAGCCCAGGCCUGCCAAUCCAUCAUGAAGACCAACUUCAAUCGCAGCUUUGCAGGCCAGAACGCCACUGUCUAUGGCCUGGGAACCUACUUUGCUGUGAAAGCCAGCUACUCAGCCAACCCAACGUACUCCUGUCCUGAAGCAGACGGCACUCAGCUCAUGUUUGUGGCUCGUGUUCUGACGGGGUCGUACACAUUGGGUCAGCGUGACAUGAAGGUUCCCCCACCUUUCUCUCCUCAACAGCCUAACAUCCGCUUUGACAGCCUGGUGGACGACCAGCAGAACCCCAGUAUGUUUGUGGUGUUCCAUGACAGCCAGGCCUACCCUGACUAUCUCAUCACAUUCAAAUGAGUGCAGAGCCAAGAUUAUUGCCCUUCAUUUGAAAUGUCUGCCCUCAUGUGACACUGAUUUAACUGAACUAUCUGUUGCUACUAUCUGUUGCAGAAAAUGCUUCAAUUGUACCCGUCAGCUUUUUAAAAAUAAAUUCAUAAUCUUUGAAGCCUAA